AUGCCUUUCUCUACAGCGGCAGUGGGGGGGGGCGGGGGGGGACCUCUCCUCGGUGCCCACGACAUUUUAAUAGAUCAUGCAGCAGCAGAAACGUGCUGCAACAAUGAAACUUCCCUCAAGCUUCCUCAUGCUUUCAGCAGCAGGGCCAAGGAUGUCUCCUCCAUCCGUCUUCUGGUCGUGACUGUUGCUGCCUUAGCUCUGUCAUUUUUGCUGCUGCGCUGCUUCAACCACAUGCGGGCGCAGCAACAGCAGCUCCAGCAUCAGCAGAAGAACCAGAGGUUGUUAGCAGGGGGCAACUCGAAGGAAUGCUUCGGGGCCGGGUAUUCAGACUCAGAGGAAGAGGGCGAAGAGAAAGACAAGGAAAGUGAAGGCGAAAAAGAAAAAGAAGAAGCAGACGAAGAAGAGGAAGAAGAAACGGAAGAAACCUCCAAGAUGCCUUGGAGUUGGAAGGGAAGCCUUGAUCCCGUUUCAGCCCGCCUGGAUGCAGAUGCUGCUGCAGCAGCUGGUGCUGCAACAGGGUGGGAAGCGGGGCUAAUGCAAUAUCCUACGUGGUCCGUGGGAGAAGUACAUGGCGGACCACCUCUCCCGUUAUAUACAGGCGAUGCGCAAACAGCAGGAACUGCUGCUGCUGCUGGUGCUUCUGGGGGGUUGUACUUCGUCCCCGGUGGGUUUGGCUUCGGCGAGCCGCCUUCCCCCGGGCUGCUGGCUCAAACAGCCGGAUAUCAGCAGCAGGAAACAAUGGAAAGCGAAGAAGAAGAAGAAGAAGAAGUGGAAGAAGAAGAAGAAGGCCUUAAAGAAUCUGCAGCGAUCGAGUUUUUUGGUAAGGGGCCGUACACCUCAGAAUCCUCUGACCACACCUCCGAUUCCUCCCCCCUGUCGCAGCGUGAAAGCCCCAAAGAAUUGCAUUCCCCUCACUUUCCUUCUCCUGAAGAAUUAUAUUAUUAUGGGGAACAUUCGGAGGCUCCCUUCAUAGAUGAACCGUACACAGAGGAUUCCUUUUCAGAAGGGGAGGACGAGCCGCUGCUGUUCUCUGGUUCCGACGAAGAGCAGCUGGACGACCCCGAAGAGGAAGGCGGUUCUCCUUCCUCGGCUUUCUUCGCGCAGCAGCAGCGUGCUCCAGCAGCAGCAGCAGCAGGACCUGCAUCACCAGGAGCUGCAGCACCUGGAGCAGUAGCGAUAAGAGCAGCAGUGCCAGGAGCAGCACCAGUACAAGGAGUAGCAGCACCACCAGGCGCAGCAACAGCACCAGGAGCAGCACCACCAGGAACAGCAGCAGCACCAGGCGCAGAAGCAGCACCGGGAGUAGCAGCAGCACCAGGCGCAGCAGCAGCGCCAGGAGCAGAAGCAGCACCAGGAGCAGCGGCAGCACCAGGCGCAGCGGUAGCACCAGGCGCAGCAGCAGCGCCAGGCGCAGAAGCAGCACCAGGAGCAGCGGCAGCACCAGGCGCAGCGGCAGCACCAGGCGCAGCAGCAGCGCCAGGCGCGGCAGAAGCACCUGGAGCAGCAGCAUUAGGGGCAACAGCCGAACCAGGAGAAGCAAGAACAGGGCCUCCCGUUUGGGAUGGUGCGUUGUUAGAGCGUGUUCAUUUGUACCAGGAUGAGAAGCUGGAGGACUGGUGUGGCCGGGGUAUGCCGCGUAUAGCGCGCCUCCAGAUGAGAAAUAUUCUAGAUUGGAUGAAUAGGAACGCGGCGAUGUGCAGCAGUUUACUGCCCCUCCUUCGUGCUGGUCAGGGUUUGCGUCUGUCUUUUGUGGUGAUGCGCCUCGUAUCUCUUGACUUAGGGGCGCUCUCAUUGCUGCCGGAGGAGCUGGAGCCCCAGAGAUUUGCAGCAGGAACAGCAAUCUUAGAGCUGGCAAGAACUGCUGCCGCUUACGGACGCAACGACCCAGAUCUGCGAGACUACUGCAGCAGCAUAGAGUUGGGGAUGCCUCUGGUGGAGCAGUUGAUGCAGCCGAGGCCGCCAGUACCGGAUAUGUCUCCGGUGAGGAAGCGAUCAAGAACCUUGAAUAUAAUGGGUUCUAUACGUCUCAUUCAGAAAUACAUAGCCAAUGCGCUGUGGGUAAUACCGCAGUACGCAGAGAUGCGGUCGGAUUCUGAAUUGCAGACUGCGGUGGAGCGUGUCAUAAAGGUACUGAAUGCACUGUGGGAUGCUCACAUGCAUCAGAUUAAUACUGAUAGAAUGCACCGCAAAUAUAUCUUAGACUGUCAAACACUAACUGGUUCUUGGUUUCUCAUUGGGAGAGGACAAAUCGCUUCAGGGCUUCUGGCGGAAUUCAAAAGAUAUAGAGAAACGGAAAGACUGUUUAGAGGUGUUGUAUCUCGAGCUGGGGGCAUUCCUCCCAGUCUGGAAGCAAAGAAUGCUACUGCAGGAGGGAAAGGCAAGGAAACAUCAGAAACGAAACACAAACAUGGUGCUGCCGAUGCUUCGGCUGCUGCUGCUGCUAAAGAACAGCUGCCGCGAAGCACCUUGUAUCUCGAGCUGGGGGCAUUCCUCCCAGUCUGGAAGCAAAGAAUGCUACUGCAGAGGGGAAAGGCAAGGGAACAUCAGAAACAAAACACAAACAUGACUCCAUCGCUGGCCAUUCCGACUCCCCGCAACACCACGCCCCACCCAGCAGCGUACCCCGACAGAAACAUCCCCACACCAGCAGCAGCAACUCCAGCAACACCAACAACAACCACAACAGCAACAACAACCGCUGGCCAUUCCGACUCCCCGCAACACCACGCCCCACCCAGCAGCGUACCCCGCCAGAAACAUCCCCACACCAGCAGCAGCAACUCCAGCAACACCAACAACAACCACAACAGCAACAACAACAACAGCAGCGACAGCGACAGCAGCAACAAGACCAGCAACAACCGCACCAACAAGACCAGCAGCAGCAGCAGCAGCACGGCCACCAACGGCAGCAGCAACGAGACCAGCAACAGCAGCAACGAGACCAGCAACAGCAGCAGCAACGAGGCCAGCCACACCAGCACCGACGACACCACAACCAGCACUGGCAUCAUCAGGGGCAUCAGCAACACCAGCAGCGGCGGCAACACCCCCAGCAGUUGGGAGAAUAUCAGCAACGCCCGCGGCAGGACGAUCAGCGACGCCAGCAGCCGUGGCAACAUUACCCCCGGCAGCAAUCCCGACAGCGACAAGAGCAAGAACAGCAGCCCUGGCGACACCAGCAGCAGCAGCACUCUCACCAACCCUACCAGCACCAGCAACACCAGCAACCGAGCUACGGUCCACAGCAGCCACGGCACCCGCAUCCGCAGCAGCACCGCCAGCAGCAACACCCUCCCAUUAUCCCUCAGCCCAUCCCCCCAAUGCCCUAUACCCGAGCGACUUCAGAAUUGCCGCCGCCCCCAAGUGGGCAGCAGCCGCAUCAGCUGCGGCAACCGCAGCAGCAGCCGCAGCAGCAGCCGCAUCAGCUGCGGCAACCGCAGCAGCAGCCGCAGCAGCAGCCGCAUCAGCUGCUGCAACCGCAGCAGCAGCCGCAGCAGCAGCCGCAUCAGCUGCGGCAACCGCAGCAGCAGCCGCAGCAGCUGCCGCAGCAGCAGCCACAUCAGCUGCGGCAGCCGCAGCAGCAGCCGCAGCAGCAGCCGCAUCAGCUGCGGCAACCGCAGCAGCAGCCGCAGCAGCAGCCGCAGCAGCAGCCGCAGCAGCAGCCGCAGCAGCAGCCGCAGCAGCAGCCGCAGCAGCAGCCGCAGUCUCCUGCAGCGCCUGGAAUGCGGUCAUUCGCCGAUCUUGGUGCUCGACCUCGUCAGCAGCAUAUGCAAUACGUGCAUCUGCCACUACCAGCACCACAACAGCAAAGAUAUUUCAGUGCACCAGCACCACAAAUGCCUCGCCAGGACCUCAGACAGCCGAGAGGAACCUUCCCCGAUACUGCGGCGCAGUCGAGCCCAGGCACUUCAGAAGCCCCAGCGCUUGAUAGAGGGGAGAGGGGGGCUGCAACUACGGCAAGCCAUUCCUUACAUAGAGAAGGAGGAGACUGGGGAAGUGCAGCUCCUAGAGGGGCAUACUCCCACGGUCGUGGACGAGGGGGGAGGGGAGGCGGUGCCGAUAGGAGGGCUCCUCCUCCCUUCUCUCAUAGAGGAGGACACGGGGGAGGUGCAGGUGUAUCGACCUUCCCCUCUAGGGGCGCAGGUGAAGGGAUGCAUCCCUUCUACAGAGGAGGGGGGCGAGGUGCAGGCGGACGGGCAGGCGCACGGGCAGAUAGUCGUGGUAGGGGACGAGGACAGUGGGGGGGAGGCAACUAGUAGGAUCCACUCCUUCUCUGGAGGGGAGGGUGAAUGUGCAACGAAGAGAAAUCCUCCCUUCGGUCGUGAACGAGGAGGGAGGGGAGGAGAUGCUGAUAGGAGGGCCCCUCCCUUCUAUAGAGGAGAGAGGAGCGGUGCUGGUUUAGUGACGCAUUCCUUCUCUCUAGGCAAGGGGAGGCCCGCUUGA